UUCUUAAUCGAGGGUAAUUGUGCCAAAUUCUUAUAUGGGAGGACCUCUACGCAUGUUCACACAAUGCCUCGGCCUAAACCUCCAGGGACAUUAAAGGAACAAUGUGUGAAAAAUAUUGUAAACAAUAUGGACAAAUACUGGUGCCAGGAUUAUGUACAGAACUGGAGUGAUAAGAAUUUGAAGUGUUUGUUUGUUCUGGGUCCUUUUGAGAACUUGCCCAGCCCCCUCAUUGAGCUCAUAAUAGAUGAACUGAACACCUCGGGCAAGUUACGGAAGCAUCACUUACACUUGCUGCUUUUGUAUCACCUGGAACGGUUGGUGCUUACUCGGAGCACUUCGGAAUUUGGAUACAUUAUAUCUUUAUUAGCUGUUCGUUGCAAGAAACUGCGCCAUUUGGGAUUAAAAGGCAGGGCUUUGCCACGCAAAAUCUUGAAUGAGAUGUUCAAGUCUCUCAGCUUCCUGCAGACAGUGGACUUAUCACAAACCAAUGUGUCAGACCAGACCAUUAGUGUUAUUUCUGCCUACUGCAAACAUGUCAGGGUUCUGAAUCUCUCCGAUACGGAUAUAACUGACAUGGGCGUCUCAAGCCUUUGUCAUGGAGUCAUGAGCCCUGACAUUCUUCCUACAGAGAAGCCACAUAUCUCUACAUCUUUAAUCAAGUUAGAUCUCUAUGGCACUGCUGUUACUGAUAAAGGAAUACAGUGUGCUUUAGUAAAUCUGCCAAAUCUGCAAGAAAUAACACACUCCACUUUGCUGUAUGCAGUGGCAAAUUUAAAGAAAAGCAGAGAGAAAAUGGCAGAAGUAGCUGUCGAUAUAAAUGGUAUAAUACCUGAAUUUACACCAUUAAUGUUGAGAUUUCUACAAUGUGAUGAGUUUGGCAGUGGAAACUUGGGGCAUUUUGCCAAUGCUCAGUUCAUCAGUGCAGCCAUUAGUUUAUGUCCAAAUAUUCAGUAUGUGCACCUGCGUGACCUUGGUAAUAUUAAAACUGACAGCCUCGUGCCUCUGCUGACCCUUAAUAAUGUGAUAGAUCUUGUGUUAGAGUUUAAUGGGCCUGACCAAGUGGAUUUUUACACACAAAUUGUACCUUUGUUGCACAAACAUGGUGAAACUAUACGGAACCUCCAUCUUCGUUUUGUGAAUAAUAUAAAUGUGACUGUAAUAGCCUAUCUAUGUCCAGAAUUAAGCACUUUAUCACUAGAUGGCCUAAACUCAUACAGUUCUGUUGAUUCAGCCAAAACUCACUCAGUGCCACGAGACGUAAAACCAAGUUUCAGUCAUCUUAAAUCCAUUAAUAUCAACUGUGCUCCUAGACAUGAGUAUGAAGCAUUGAAUUAUCAUGUGCCAGCAGAUAGUCUAAGACUUAUUCUUGGAUCACAUGUUCUAGAGAAAAUAAUUGUGAUUGAGCAAGAUAACUUAUGUGAUGAAAUCCUGAUUGAUGCUGUCCACACAACAAAAUUUCCCCACCUGAAACUUCUCAGUCUGACUCAGUGUAAAAAUAUUACUAUAGAGUCAAUUAGAAGUGUGAUACGACUUAACAAUCCCCUUGAGACACUUCAUAUAAUUUAUUGCCAAAAUAUAACAAAUGUUGAUUAUCACAAAGUUGAAAAAUAUGUUAAGAAACAAAGAUUAUUGGUUGAGUUGGCCUGGUUUUGAUUUAAAUUUUCUUGGGUCCCACUGUCAAAUAAAGGUUAGUGAAAUAAAUUACAGUAAAAAUC